AUGCGCGUAGCUGCUCAAGUUCAGAGAUUUCUUAUUUAUCUUUCUUGUUGCUUAUUUUUUGUAUUGUCUGUUCUUUCUUUUGUGUCUUUUAAUCCUUCGUUUUCAGUUUCAGCUUUUGCUACCGUCUUAGUUCUUUUCUUUUCUUUUUUACUUUGCGUUUCUUCCUUCACUUUAGUUCGUCUUUUGAUUCUCCUAUUUCUUUACCCCUUCAAAUUUUUAUCCUCUCUUGUGUUCUUACGCUUUUUUCUUUCAAAUUCAUUCAUUCUUUUUUUCUUUUUUUCUUUCUUUGAAUUGAUUUCUUUCUUUGAUUUGCCUUCUUUCUUCUUUCCAUUUCAUUCAUUCUUUCUUUCUUUCUUUCUUUCUUUCUUUCUUUCUUUCUUUCUUUCUUUCCUUGAAUUGCUAUCUUUCUUUUGGUUUCUGCCUUUCUUUGAUUUGCCUUCUUUCUUCUUUCCAUUUCAUUCAUUCAUUCAUUCAUUCUUUCUUUCUUUCUUUCUUUCUUUCUUUCUUUCUUUGAAUUGCUUUCUUUCUUUUGGUUUCUGCCUUUCUUUGAUUUGCAUUAUUUCUUCUUUCCAUUUCAUUCAUUCAUUCUUUCAUUCUUUCUUUACUUUCUUUCAUUCAUUCAUUUUUUUCUUUCUUUCUUUCUUUCUUUCUUUCUCUCUUUGA